AUGGGAAGCCAAGCAAACAAGCCCGCAGUCGUCUGCGUGUUCUGCGGCUCCGUCGCGGGCAACAACCCGGUGCACAUGGCGACCGCGCGGGCGCUGGCGCACGAAUUCCACAAGAACAACGUCCAGCUCGUCUACGGCGGCGGCACGGCGGGACUCAUGGGCGAGCUGGCGCGUACGCUGGUGUCGCUGUCGGGACCUGACGCGGUGCAGGGGGUGAUCCCGCGUGCGCUGGUCAAGGUCGAGCCCGGGUACGACAACGCCAAGGAGGAGGAAGAGCCGGCGACGGCGAAGAGCGGGAAGGACGCUGAGAUGGUAGUCAAGGAUGCGGCGCUGAAGCACGGAGUUCUCAAGCAGACCGAAUACGGGUCCGUGACGAUCGUCGCGGAUAUGCAUACGCGGAAGCGCCUGAUGGCGACCAAGGUGCGCGAGGGAGGCCCCGGAUCGGGCUUUGUGGCACUCGCUGGUGGGUUCGGGACCAUCGAGGAGGUGAUGGAGAUGACGACGUGGAAUCAGCUUGGGAUCCAUCAUCUCGGGGUCGUGUUGCUCAACGUCAAUGGGUACUGGGAUGGACUGCUGGCGUGGGUGAGGAAGGCUGUCGAGGAGGGCUAUAUUGGUCAGGAGAAUGGUGGGAUCCUGGUCGAGGCCAAGGACGUCGCGGAGGUGUGGCCCAAGUUGGUCGGAUACAAAGUGAGCAACGGUCGCAUGCAGUUGAACUGGGGUGAGGAGUAG